AUGCUUAAUGAAUGUAAGGAGUGUGGGAAGGCUUUCCUGUAUAAGUCACAACUUAUUCAACAUCAAAGAGUUCAUAAUGGAGAGAAACCUUAUGAAUGUGGUCAAUGUCAGAAGGCUUUCCGGACAAAGGCAUCUUUUACUCUGCAUCAGAAAAUUCAUUUUGGAGACAUUCCUUAUAAAUGUAAAGAGUGUGGGAAGGCUUUCCUCUACAACUCAGAUCUUACUCGACAUCAAAACAUUCAUACUAGAGAGAAACAUUAUGAAUGUAGUGAAUGUGGGAGGGCCUUCAGAAUUAAGUCAGAGCUUACUGUGCAUCAGAGAAUUCAUGCUGGAGAGAACCUGUAUGAAUGUAAGGAGUGUGGGAAGGCUUUCCCCUACAACUCACAGCUUAUUCGACAUCAAAUAAUUCAUACUGGAGAGAAACCUUAUCAAUGCACUGUGUGUGGGAUUGCCUUCAGGACAACAGCAGGUCAUACUAAGCAUCAGAGCAUUCAUACUGGAGAGAAACCUUAUCAAUGCACUGUUUGUGGGAAGGCCUUCAGGACGACAAAAAUUCAUAGUGGAGACAUUCUUUUUGAAUGUAAGGAGUGUGGGAAGGCUUUCCUGUAUAAGUCAGAACUUACUCGACAUCAAAGAGUUCAUACUGGAGAGAAACCUUAUGAAUGUGAUCAAUGGUGUGUGAAGGCUUUCCUCUACAGCUCAGAUUUUACUCGACACAAGAAAAUUCAUGCUGGAGAGAAGCCUAAUGAAUGUAAUGAAUAUGGGAACAUUUUGAGAUGUAGGAAGCCCUUCUCUCAGAAGUCAGAUGUUACUCAACUUCACAUCAUACCUUAUGAAUGUAAUGUACACGGAAAGGCCUUCCACUUGAGUGUAGGUCUUACUCAAUAUCAGAGCAUUCAUACUAGAGGAACAUGUUAUGAAUGCAGUGAAUGUGAGAAGACCUUCAGGCUGAAGACACAACUUGCUCAACAUCAAAGACUUAAUUCUGGAGGGAAACCUUUUGAAUUUGGGAAAGCCUUUAGACGAAGGACCUACUUGAUGUCCAUCAGAGAAUUCAUGCUAGAGUGA